AUGUCUUCGGUAGUCUACGUUCUGCUCAUCACCCUGUGCAAUGUUUGGCGCUUGAUCCGUGGGGCUUCUGUGGUCGUCCCAGAUGUUGCUGUGAGAUGUGCUGAAGAAGUGCUGCUGCCCUGUAAAGUUCUUCGGGACUCCUCAAUCACCUACCAGACAGCAACUUGGUAUAAAAUAUCUGGAGAGAGCGAAGGAGUAGCAUGGAAAAUCCUUGAUGUGGAAUCUCAUUAUCCAAAAGAACUUGGGGGGUCCCUGGAGCUCUCCAAUGACACCUCCUUUUCACUGAGGAUCAAAAAUGCGACCGGCCGAAACAGCGGGACAUAUAAGUGCAUUUUGGGGGAACAGAGCGGAGAACGCAAUCUGAGCAGCACAGUCACAUUACAAGUAACAGGUUGCCCUGGAAUACAAGAUGAAAAAUUAAAAAAAUACAAAGCCGAGCUUUUCAUGCUGACUUGCCUUGGGAUUUUUUACUUGCUGCUCAUCUUUUUUACCUGUACAUGUCUAAGAAAAGAGAGUAUGUCUCCCAAUUAUCAAAAAAACAGACCAGAUAUGAAACACAUGCUCACCCUCAUCAAUGUACACGAAAUGAUAACUCUCCAGGAUUUAAACAGCAACAGCACUUGCAAAAAUGAGCUUACUUUAAGUUCUGUCUAA